CCUUCUCACCUGGGACUGCCAGGCUGCAAUUCUCAUCCCUCGCAAUGCAACUACGGGCCGUAGCGGGUUUUCCGCCAUGACCUCUUCUAUUCUGUCUUUCCUUCCUUGUGGUCUUAUAGUCCAAAUGCCGAACUUGAGAUUGCGCCCCUUGGCUCGUUAGGAAUCUCGAUUCAGCCCAUCAACAGCAGGUAUUUGCGUGCCUUGAGAGGUGAAGCCCUUUUUCUAAUAAAAUAUUAGUAUAUUAUUGGAGGGCCUUGUUCAUUCUCCCUUUUACUUGCAUUAUUGUCCUUCAACACCAUCCUGACAGAACAACCGUCAAUUAUCAUCUGUGUGAAGACAUUCAUCAUCCUUCUCUUGUCCCAUUUUGAAACCGUCGUCUUGAGGCGUAACUUGUAUCCUGUUGUACGCCCUCAUGACGCCGUGACAUCCUCCAGUCUUACCACACCACCUUCUACCUUUUCUUUGUGCAAAGUUUCAGCCAGCGACCAUGAAUACAUGGGAGAAAUGUGCUCUUGAUUAUCAAUUCACCGACAAGAAACCCAAAGACGUUCAGGUCUCACAAUACAACCAAACCAAACAAAACGAUGCCGCAGACCCUCUGAUCUAUCCUGGAAUCUACUGUCCAAGCGGGCUAGACCUCAUGGGCGUACUGUUCCGGAUUUACGCCCGACCCAACCCCCAGGUUAAUCUAGGCGCCAUCGACUGCUCCGUCUCCCUCAUCGUCUGCGACCUGGCACUGCCAGACUACCCCAUCGUCUACGCCUCGGACUCUUUCCUGGAGAUGACGGGCUGGAGAAUGGAUGAGAUCAAGGGCAGAAACUCCCGCUUCCUGCAGGCGCCCGACGGGAAAGUCGCCGCGCACUCGACGCGGAAAUAUGUCGACAAGAAGACCGUCCGGGGAAUGCGCGAGGCCAUCAAGGCUAACAAGGAGCACCGCACAACGAUUACGAACUUUACCAAAGCUGGGAAGCCAUUCGUCAACAUCCUUACCUUGAUUCCGAUCACUUGGGAUGGUCCGGAGUAUCGAUAUUCUGUCGGCUUCCAGUGCGACAAGGCAACACUGGGAGCUCGAGCUGUUUGAACCCUCCCGUUCUGCGAUUUUCCCGAACUGCACAUACACGAACAUGCGCACACAGCAAGGUCAUCAGAAUUUCAGCCAUAUGCUUUUAGGUUUUAUCGGUACACGCAUACACGGUGGCGAGGGACUGGGACGGUUCACUUAAAAAAAAAACUACGCAUUCAGCUUCCAAGCCAACACAGGCUUGAUAUCAUGAGGGGGAAACAGGGAAAAGCAUCCUUAGGAGUCUUGGGUAUUACUGCGGCGCGAUAAACGCAUGGAUGAUUUGUUAUUUCGGUCAAUAUUUCGGUUGAUUUUCUUGAGAGGCAUCUGGCUUCUAGGCGUAAUGCUGCUAGGCAUAUAUGAUACCCCCACAAUGCAUAAUUGAUAUUUUUCUUGACUUUCUAC